UUUUUCUGGAGUCAAAACAUUGCCAAAUGAUAAUUGGUUAAGACUUGAAAGUAAGACAUUUUAGUAGUUGGAGCUGUAUAAAUAUAUCAAAGUAAGGAUACGGAUUCUGCUUUUGCAUCAUUCGCGUUUUCCCUUCAACCUGCCUCUGGAAGUGCACGCGUACGACUUUUGUUUUCCCUGUGUGAAUCUGAUUGUUGUGGAUUCAACAAGUUGUCUCUUCCCCCCUGCCGUCGCUGCUGGUCCCAGUUGGAAUUUUUGGGGGUAAAGCGGGACUGUGACGCCUCACAGCCUGAUGACAUCAUCCAGUCAGUCCCACUCAAUCGGACAGUCGCGCGCUCACUCGCACUCAGAGGAACUAGUUGGAGCAGAGCGAGAGGCGGGCGGCACUUCAUUACAUCCACACAGCAUCAGCUGAGGGAAAUAUUCACCUGUGCGCCGCCAGGACCAAUUCACAAGGAUUUUUCAUUAAUUUAGCAGACUCCCGUCUUAAAGGCGCAGGAAGGGACACUAAACAGAACCUCUAUCGGACCUCCUGGUCUGUCCUGAAACCAAAUAAGUUUAAAAUUUGCUUUGAAUGAGUGAGACUUUGUUCAGAAACUGACCAAAGGCUUCAUUUUUUACGCGUAUCUCGGAGAGGCAGCGCGCGUUCUCUCAUAGAAGGGACCGUAAUCAACCAUGGCGAGACAUGACGCCCGAAAUUGGCAUGACUGCUCAAAAAUGACCGGACUGCUCUGCUUGGUGGCGUCGAUACUUCUUCAACACGGAGCGUCAGGUCAGCGGGUGAAGGUGGAGCCGGAGGUGCUGUCAUAUCCCGGCCAGACAGUCAACCUGCGCUGUGCCUUCACAGAUCCAUCUGGGAUCCAGCUCACAAUGGUCACGUGGAUUUACGAGCCCAAGGAAGGAGAGAGGACCAACAUUGCCGUGUUUCACCCUGACUUUGGUCCCAACUACCCCGAGUCACCCGUGAAGGGACGCGUCAGCUUCAAUCCCAGCCCCCCAAUCGUGAGCAGUCCCUCCAUUGAGAUCCGUGAAGUGAGGAUGACUGAUGAGGGGAAAUACAUCUGCGAGUUUGCUACCUACCCCAGAGGCAACGAGCAAGGCAUCACAUACCUGGUUAUGCUGGCUAAGCCCCAGAACGCGGCCUCCAUCGUAACAGUUGUAGCCGGGACUAAGCCAGUCGUCGUGGCGAGAUGUGAGUCAGUGGAUGGCCGCCCCGCUGCUAAGAUCUCAUGGGUGACCACCGCCAACGGCAACGGAACAACGUUAUCUAAGCCAGGUGCAGACAACACCGUGACUAUGAGCAGCGAGUACCGCAUGGUUCCUAUGGCGGCAGACAAUGGGAAGGACAUCAGCUGUGUAGUGGCACACAGGACUCAAGUCAAAGCCGAGAGCUUCCCAUUGAAGCUGGCAGUUCAGUAUGCCCCACAGGUGAAGAUAGAGGGUUAUGACAAUAAUUGGUAUGUGGGUCGUACAAAUGUGCUGCUCACCUGCCAAGCCAAUGGAAACCCCGUCCCGGUGUCUGUCCUAUGGAAGACUAUGUCAGGAGAAAUGCCCGACACAGUGCAGAUCAACGGAAACGAGCUGAAGGUGCUGAAAGUGGACGAUGCCGUCAACACCACUUUUGUGUGCGAGGUCAAGAACCGCAUCGGGAUUGGCAGAGAUCAGGUCACAGCCAUGGUCAGAGAGCCCUCAGUGAACCCAUCCAAUGCCGGCGUGGUGGCGGGAGCUGUGAUUGGCUCCCUGCUGGCUCUCCUUUUGGUCGCCGCUCUCAUCGCCGUGCUCGUCACCCGUAGCCGCAGGCAACAGCAGGGCUACCGUGCCAACGGGGGCAGCGACAUCAAGACACGCAUAUUCGGCGGCGGAAAGAAGGCCAGCAAGAACGGCACGGGCGGCGGUGCGGGGACCGGCGGGGUUGGAGGUGGCAACAACAACGGCCCCAUUUACGUCUACAACGAGAGCUCCUCCCACCAAGGCCUCGCAGAGAAAAACAACCACCACCAGCCGCUCACCAUAGGGGGCAGACCCGAAGGUGUCGCAACUACACCCACUGCCCAAGACAUCCUGCUGAGCAACGAAUUAGACGAUGCAGAGAGAAGGAAGUUUGACGAGCUGGAGGAGGAGGAGAGGUAUGACCACUUCUCAGGAGGGGCCCCCAUCCUUCAGCUCCGCCCUCCGCACGACCAGGAGGAUAUCAUUGGAGACUACCUGGAUGAUGACAUGGAGUCUCAGCGGGACGGCUCGGUCAUCUCUCGGACUGCUGUUUAUGUAUAGAGGAGGAAGAGGUGAAGGAGAGGAAAGGAGGAGGAUGAAAAAGGAGGAGAGGCCAGAUUCCUCCUAUGGAUUCUGUGGCUUCAGGGUCUCAUCCCUGUUUGAGAAAGAGAAUAUUCCCACUUUUAUUUUUGAAAAUUGAUUUCAUAUAUAGCCCAUUAUUAAUCACAGUGAAGCCCCCAGGACGGACAGAAUGAACAGGAAGGUGUGGUGGAAUAUUCUGAAAGGAGCGCUGCUGUAAUUUUUGUCUUCAAGAACUCAAAAUCAAACGAAGAAAAGAAAAAAACCUGUCAUCCUCUGUUUCUGCUCAUGCUAUCACUAUCACCGGGACCUUGACAAGGACUCUUGACAGACAAAAGAGACAAACUGUGUAGUGUGGGAGUAGGAUAAUGGAAUCAUGAUACAAGCUUGGCUGUAGAGGAGGCAAACUCGCUCGCAAAUUCACUCUUAUCUUCACCAAAACAGUAGAAGAGGAAAGGCUUGUCAAGCCAGUUACAUGUUGCCUGCUUGUCUCAGUCCUCCUGUGAGAAACCUUUUUGUUCUGGUGCUGCGUUGUGCUGUGACAGCUGCUGGGUUAGUUAGUAGUAGGUGAUGGGUUCGGAGGAAAACAUUGGAAGGUGUAGACAGUAUCCAUCAUGAGAUUUAGGAAAGUAACAAAUGCAUACCUCCUCUUAAAGAAAAAACAUCUAUACUAUCAGACACAGUAGACGUAAAGUUAGGGAAUCGUAUGGUGCUCAAACCAGAGUUCAGCUGAAUUUAACAACACAAGUUUGCAGAGAGUUUGAACCGACUUCAUAACAAGGUAUUCACGUUCAAACUUUUGCUCUAUGCCUGGAGGAAAGAGACAGUAAACAAGAGACAAGGGAAUGAGGUGUAGUCGAUCUGACAGGGUCAAGGGAUGAAAAGAGGGAUGCAGGAGGCAGGGUAGCGAGAGAGGAGCAUGUCUCUUCUUCUCCUCUUCCUCCUCAUCCGCGUCUUCUCAGAGCGCUCCUGACAGGAGGAGCUUGAUUGGUAAUGAGCCGUGAAGUUGCUCGCUUUAGCCGGGACCAACAGAUUGCCACCACUUAUCGCUUAUGACGUGGCGGUUUCCCCCCCUCUCCCAUCACCACCUCCAUAUCUCUUUCCCACCCCCCACCCCUCUCCUCAUCCCUCUCUCCUGGUGUUUAUGGGGAGUUUAUGAUUUAUCCAGGGCGGUGUCGAGGUCAUGGCCGCAAAGAGCAGGGGGAGUAUUUUACUGCUCCUGAUGUGUCAAGCGCCCCACUUACUCUAUUCCUGCGCGGCCUGCCGUGACGUGCAGCACUGACUAAUCCACCUGGAGUGGCCGUGUUCACUUCACGGAUGCCCCUGUCUUCCCUUAUACUUUAGUAAAUGGCCGGACAAGACAGAAACCCACCUCCAAAGUAUGACCGUGUUAGCGUAGAUAGAGCUUCAAUGACAUCAUCAAAUACUCCUGUCCAUUAGCGGAUGUUCCUAAAUGUGGUGAAUUGAUCAGGAGAUGUAAAGGGUCCACGGUGAAGCUGUGGAAGUCGUAUUGACUUAGAGGCAGCAACGGGUGAAACAGCCUUUCAUGAUGCAGCUUCAGGGCAGAUGGUCUCCCGACUGUUAAUUUAUCCUUCUAACGAGCCACUGGAGGCCUGUUCAGGCAAAUAUUACUCCUGGCCACUGUACACAGCUGUCUUUAAGGCUGAGUGUGUACACUUAACAUGCAUCACUGUGUCUAUGUAGCCACUGGAUGACUGUGAUGGACAAUCUCUGGGAGAAGCUCUGUUGUAGCUCCUAUAAUCAUGGGUUUCCUGGCCUUCUAAUCAACUCCCCUUUGACCCGCUGGGAAUCUGGUGAGAGCAGUUUUUUCGAUGACUGUACUGACCUCUUGUAAGGCCCCGCUAAGAUCUGGGUUGCAGGUCGCUGCGGGUCAUGAGGUGAAAAGCAGAGUGACCCUUUGCCAAGGGCAAGACUCAACUGCGCCUGCAUUUAUUAUCACAGCUGCUCACAACCUUGAACUUUGGAUGUAGGAAACCUUCCCGUACAGUGCAAGUAUCUGUAAGGGUGAAACUAUCCUUGUUUUCUAUUGUGAUGCCGUUAACCUUCAGAGAGAGAGAACGGGAGAGAGAUAGAAGAAGCAGAUGUCACAAAUAGAGACAGCUUUCCCUGUUUGAGCACUGUCUAGCAUAUCGUAAGCCAGUGUGUUCAAUAGGAUUAUCAUCUAAUGGCCUUAGCUUAUACAUAACCGCAGCUUCUGUCAACCUGGGGUUCAGUAAAUUUACCAACCGUGGCUGAUUCGCCACAACCACUCAAAAUAAAAAUGUAUUACUUAUUUUUGCACUUGUGUGUGUCACCGCAAAAAAAGAGAAAUCUGAGUGUAACGUGGUCUCGAGGUAAAAAUGGCGACACAAGGGACAAAACUGUUGUAUGUACAUUUUGGUGUGAGGUAUCUGUGUACUAUAUAUGUAAGCAUCUUUAUUUUUCUUGUGAAAAUGUGGAUAUUUAUGAAAAUGUAAAUAUCGGAUCGAUGGAGCCAGUGUUGCCAGUGUUGUGGACUUGGAGAGGCGUUCUGGGUUGGGGAGUCAAAAUGUCUCAGAGGUCUUCAGAAUGUAAUUUUUAAUCUAAUGAAAACCUCUCUGGUUCGGUGGUGCCGUUCACAACAAGCUGAUCUAACUGAUCUGAAUUUACUUAAAGCCUAAGAGUCCAUUUGUAAUGGAGGAAAAAGUAUAUAUCAUUGCUUGUAAUAUUAUUAUUUGUUUGGUAUAUUUCACAUUGCCUGCAUUUCCACAUAAUAAGCACACACAUUUUUUUGCACAAUUGGCUUCUCCCGCUCCUUGACAGACACCCUGCACAAUGCAAAAAUACCCACAAUACUCAUAAUUUAUCAGGUAGACAGUACACACACAGGCAGUGCUUGUUGUGUGCCUGACUCAGCUGUGAGUGAGUGAGUGAGUGGGUGUGUGAGUGAGUGUGUGUAUAGUGUUGGUGUGUAUUUUAGUGAUGCUUGGGGGGCUUUGGGACGACUCUCACUGCCACUGGGUGUGUAACCUGAGCAGCCACCUUGUGUCACCAUGGGAAACUAGUGAAGUAAAGAUAUUAUUGUGCAUUUGGACAGCACACUGACUCACACAUUUACACACACACACACUGUACACAUAUACACGCAGAAUGCAGAGAAACAUUCGCCCACGCACAAACACCCCUCAGUCACUCUCAUUAUGCUCACUCCCACAGCCAAACUGUGCAGAAGACACCUCAUACCUGACAACUCUGCCAUCUCCUGACACAAGCCCACACGAAUGUGCUCACAUAGCUGCACAAACACACUUGGUCUUUUCCUCUUCUUGCUCAGUGGCUCUGUCAGGACUUAUACGCAGUCCUCUUACAAUGGCAAGAGCCACAGCAUGAUGGGUUCCACUGCUCCACUGCUUUCUAUUUCCCCGCAACUUGUCCAAUUCCUCCCUGAAUCAGUGACAGUGUAGUAGAAUAGAGACAAGUGCACAUUCAGUGACACACACCUUUCACCCAGUGUCAGAGAAACAGGCUUUUGAGGAACCUGUUUGUCCAUUCUGCGUUUGUUCUCCUCGGGAAAUGCAGCUUUCAUAAAAAUGGUCACCAUGUUCUGACCUCCAUCCCCUCCCAGAUCCCUUUCUGUGCUUUUAGAGUCAAAACUUCCCACUCGCCUCCCAAAUUUUGUUUUCAACUUUUUUUUUCACUCCAGCCACCUCUGCCGCCAUGACCACCUCUGCAGACACACACACAGCUUUGCCACCCACCAAGUACAGGCCUGUCAGACAAAUUGCUUUAAAAGAAAUCCACGAUCCAGGUCUGGGUCUAGCACAAGGUUAGAUGGUAAAAAAAAAAAUAUAUAUAUUUUACCAGAAAGCCA